GAGCGUGCAUUCUCUGCCCGACCGUGGUCGCGUAAACGUGGUAUUGCUCAGUGCGUAGUGAACAUAGGGCGUUUGGUUACGGACACGUGCUAGAGGCCUCCCUUUUUUUCUUCCCUAACAUUUUUGUGCGCCUGUAUGAGUGUUAAAUAAAGUGAUAGUGUGCGUGUGUGUGCGUGUGAUGUGAUUGUGCGUUCAUUUCCCUCGUUGCCUAGGGGAGAAGGAAGUGGGCAAGUGUUUGUGGCAUGAUUGUAUCCUUGCAGGAGCAAACUCGGAAAAAAAACACACGCAAGGGGAUGAAGUUAUUUAUGAUUAAGCGGUGAAUUUCCUUCCAGUGCUAGAAUGUUUUGGGAGGAAGGGGGUUGGUAUUUUCUAAUCAUUUCAAGUUGAAGUUGUGAGUGUUAUUUGGUGUGGCGUUAAACAUUACAGUGAUUCGCACCGAAAAAGGGAGCACCAACUCUACAUAAUCCCAGUUCGGAAGUUUCGUUUCGAAGGCGGUAAACGCACAAACCUUCCGAAAAAUCAAACACACAAACACACACACAGCUAGACCAGUUGCCAUGACGCUCGCGAUUUCGCGUUUGCUGCCAGUGUUGGUGUUAGUUUGUGGCGCCCGUUUGUCGCAGGUGGCGCGGGCCGCCCUAGCAACGAACGAGGUGCACCUUCCGGAGGAGCAAAGCACGCACCGGCACCACGCACACCACGCGGGCCAGAAAGAGUCGCCGGAAGUACACGGCGGCAAGGUGACCUAUGCAUCGCCCAAUCCGGUCGCCGUUUAUCACAUCGAGCACAACCAGAGUGAAUCGGGCGCGCGCCAAUAUCUGGCCGGCAUGGAGGAGGCGGAACUGCGGGUGCCGGGCUGGUGCAAGCAGUGCAACGAGACAGUGAUGGAAUACUGUCGCUCGGGCCGAUUUCUGAACGACCAUUGCUGCUGUGAAAACUCGUACGCAAUAGAGCAACUGCCAUGGAUACCUCACACCUGCUACCGUGAGCAGAACCCAAAGUGUGAGGUGAACGCCGGAUCUUGCCCGAAGUAUCGCGCGAUCAAAGUGUGCUGCUGCGAUCCGGCUACCAAGCAGGAAUAUAAAAACAAAUAUUCGUCCGCCAUCAAACCGGUGGGAGCAGGUACCGGACAGCUACUUACACUGGUAUGCGUUCUGCAUUUCGUCGCCCAGUUUGUGCCAUCGCUGGUUGAUCGGAGCUAGCCAGCAGCUUCCUAGUGGAUCCGGCUGACGUCCGAAAUAGGAAGGAAAGCUGUUCGCGCGUACUUAAAGUGACCUUAGGAACGCUUUGCCUUCGCGCUCGUGAUGGAAGGUUGCAGAUUUUUAUUUUAUACGUUUGAACGAAACAGUUGGACGGGAUUCGAACAUUCACGCGUGAUGUAACGGCAGCAUUCCUUGUGUGAUUAUUGCAAUAAUUGGAACCCAGUAUCGAAAAGUGCUCGCGAUUGGUGUACAACACCAUUGCGGGCGGUGUAAAAAUGCACUAACUUUUUGUUCGUUUUUUUUUGCUCUUGUUUGUUUUGUUGAUUUGUUCUGUGCUCUCGAACACGAUCACCACACAUCGAAAUUGUGGAGAGAUGAUUUAAUUUUAAAAAAAAUAAUCCACCGAACAGUGUGUGUUUGGUCCUGUAACAAAAUUAUUGCAUCUAGAUCAUUAGUAAUUAGCAUAAGUUACCGAAACGAAGCUUUGUCUGAGGACUUUGGUUGAAUACAGCAAUACCAAAGCAAUGCCAAAACAGAUAAGUAAAUGUAACGAGAGAAGCUAGUUCAAUUGGCGUAUUGUACGAAACUAAAGUAAAUAAACUAAACAAGAUCUAUGUGAUCCAUAAAUGUGAUGUAUAAACUAGUUAA